AUGUCUGACGGUGGUUGGGAUGAUGAAUCAGGUUCUUCAAACCAGAGAGGCCGCGGCCGUGGUGGAAAUCGUGGAGGAGGUCGUGGCAGAGGUAACUACAAUAAUAGAAACAAUGAUGACUUCGACUCAGCUUCACAAGGUGAUAGUUGGGGAAAUGGCGGUGGUGGUGCUAGUGAAUGGGGCGCUAAUGAUGAUGGAGACCGCGAAGGUGGAUCCCGCGGCCGUGGUGGUCGGGGUGGCAGAGGAAGAGGAGGCAGAGGUGGAGGCCGAAAUAUGGAUAGAAGUAAUGGUGAUGAAGAUGGUGGCGAUGGAAAUUUUGGCGGUGAUGAUGGAGAAGCGCCAGUUAAUGAUAAACCGAGACCAACAUAUAUACCUCCAGAAAUUGAUGAAAAUGAUGUCUAUGGAAUUGGAGUUGGAAGCAAUUUCAAUAAAUAUGAAAAUAUCGAAGUUAAAGUUAGCGGUGAUAACGUUCCAAAACAUAUUGAAUCCUUUAAGAGUUCAGGUUUGCGUGAAGUAUUGAUAGAAAAGUUGGUCAAAUGCAAUUACACCACACCUACUCCGAUUCAGAAGUAUUGUAUUCCUGUUAUUAUUAGUGGACGAGAUAUGAUGGCUACUGCCCAAACUGGUUCUGGUAAAACUGCUGCAUUUGUUUUGCCAAUUGUGCAUACUUUACUUUCUCAACCACAAGAUUUAGUUUUUGAUCGAGAUUACUGUGAACCUCAAUGUAUUAUUAUGUCACCAACCCGAGAAUUAGCUAUACAAAUUCGCGAUGUUGUAUUUAAAUUGACAAAUGGAACUUGUGUUAAACAAUCAAUUCUCUAUGGUGGCACUGCAACAGGACAUCAAAGGGGAACACUAGCUAAUGGUAUUCAUAUAUUAGUUGCAACACCUGGACGUUUAAACGAUUUUGUGGGUCGAGGAUACGUAUCAUUUAAAUCCUUAAGAUUCUUUGUGUUGGACGAAGCAGAUAGAAUGUUAGAUAUGGGUUUCAAGCCGGAUAUUGAGAAAAUAUUGAACCAUGAAACAAUGGUUGAUGUUAAUACCAGACAAACACUACUAUUUUCUGCCACGUUAGCAGAUGAUAUUCAAAUGUUAUCAAAAGCUUAUUUAAAGCCAAACUAUGUAUUUGUCGCUGUGGGUGAAAUUGGAGGAGCAUGCAAAGAUGUUAUACAAGAAAUUAGAGAGGUCACUAAGUUUGAAAAAAAGAAAGAACUAAUAAAAGUUUUAGAAUCCUUAGGUGAUUGUAAAGGAACCAUGGUUUUUGUGGAACAGAAAAGGAAUGCUGAUUUUAUUGCUGCGUUCUUAAGUGAAAAAGACUAUCCUACGACUAGUAUUCAUGGUGAUCGUGAACAACCAGAGAGAGAGCAAGCAUUGAGAGAUUUUAAGAAUAAUAAAAUGAAAAUUUUGGUUGCCACUGCAGUUGCUGCUAGAGGCCUGGAUAUAAAAGGUGUUAAUUGCGUAAUAAAUUUUGAUAUGCCGAGCUCUAUUGAUGAGUAUGUGCAUCGAAUAGGCCGAACUGGAAGACUGGGUAAUUCUGGUAGAGCAGUUUCGUUUUAUGAUAGUACUAGUGAUAAUAACUUAUCAUCGGAACUUGUUAGGAUUCUAAAACAGGCUGAACAAGAAGUGCCUUCAUUUUUAGAUGGCGGUUCCUAUGGCGGAGAUUCCUAUGGUGGAAGUAGUAGCAAUGCAUGCAGUGAUGUUAGAAUGACUACGCAAGCUGCUGACGAUGAUGGAUGGUAA